AUGGAGGUCGCUCGUACCUCCAUGAUCCAUGCGGCCGCUCCCCAUUUUCUGUGGCCAUUCGUGGUCCGAUACGCUGCGCAUCAGCUCAACCUUUGGCCCCGUGUCUCCUUGCCGGAGACCUCGCCCACACUGCGUUGGACGGGGAAGGUUGGCGAUGCGUCGGUGUUCCGGCUAUCGUCCCAGGAGCUGCUCCAGGUGCUGCGUCUGGGGGUGCUACGUCUGGGGGUGCGGAGCCGGGGGGUGCGGGUUCUUAGGGUGCUGGGUCUGGGGGUGCUGAGCCUGAGGGUGCUGGGCCUGGGGGUGCUGAGUCAGAGGGUGCAGAGCCUAGGGGUUCUGAGUCGGAGGGUGCGAGGUCUUGGGGUGCUGAGCCUCGGAGUGCUGCUUCGUCUAGAGGUCCUCUGGGCUGGCGAGCCUGGAGACACUAGAGCUGGAGGUGCUGCUGUUACUACUGGAGCUGGAGACCCUACGGAGCCUGGAGCAGCUGACGCCGAAAGCGCUGGAGCUGGUAUAGCCGGAGUUGGAGGCCCUAGCGCAGGAGGCGCUAAAGCUGAAGGAGCUAGAGCUGUUGACCCUGGAGCUGGAGGUGCUGGAGGCACUGUGCGACCGCGCCCGUACUUCGUUCCCCUGCUUCAGCAGGUUCUUGGUGUCCCGUCUUCUACUAGUCUUCCUCCUCCCUUCCUGUGUCCACCGCCUGACCAGUCACAGCCGCCGUUACAGCCAGCCUUCCCACUGCCUGUUCCCUCUCCUUACACUGAGCAAACUGGCGGUCUUACAGAGCGUCGUGAGCCUGCGACUUGUCCUGUCUCGCCUGUUUGCACUGCUCGUCGCGCUCCUCAUUUGCGUCCUCCUCCUGUCCCAAGCACGCACACCAUGGCACUCCGUCCUUCCUCUGUUCCACUGCAUGUUCCUCUGCCUGCUCCUCCCGAGUCCUCUCUUCCUGAGGUCCCUGACCGUGAGUCUGACCGAGCGCGUGCUGCCAGUCCCACUGUCACUCGUCUCCUUGCCACUGCUGUCACUGACCCGUCCUUUAAGUCUGCUGCUGCUUCUGCUCUCGUUGCUGAGCUACUUAACUUUGCUGCUGCCUGCCGUCUCGUCUACGCCUCUGCUCUAGUUGCUGAGUCUGUGCCUGCCAGUCCUCCGUCCGUCGAGGGUGAGUGUGCUCUUGGCACAGACAUCCUUGAGGACAGGCAGGAGGACUUUGAGUAUCUUGCAGCUGUUGUACCUCGGUUCGCUUCCUUGCUGCUUGCCCCUGAGGGAGACCCAGAUGCUCCAGACAUCCCGACCCCGCGCUCUUACGCAGAGGCGAUUACGGGUCCUUACACCUCUCAGUGGCAGGUAGCUAUGGAUGCCGAGAUGGCAUCCUGGAAGUCCACAGGCACUUACGUCAACGAGGUUCCCCCACCUGGGGUGAACAUAGUCGAUGGCAUGUGGAUCUUCAGGGUGAAGCGGCCGCCGGGUUCUCCGCCUGCCUUCAAGGCGCGCUAUGUUGCUCGAGCUGCUCAGCGUGACUAUGAGUUACACUCCCUGGACUUCAGUACAGCCUUCCUGCAGGGCAGUCUGCAUGAGGAGAUCUGGAUGGACCGAACACCUGGUUUCACUGGGUCGUUUCGUGCAGGUACUCUGUCGAGCCUCCGCCGGCCAGUCUACGGUCUCCGCCAGGCGCCUCGUGACUGCCACGACACACGCAGGAUUACACUUGCGGCUCUUGGGUUUGUUCCUUUUACAGCAGACCAGUCGCUGUUUCUACGCACCGAAACCUGGCUAUCGCCCUUCUACGUCCUAGUGUACGUUGACGACCUCGUCUUUGCCACGGCUGACACCGAGGCACUGACCCUAGUGAAGUCUGAGCUGCAUAAGAGACAUACCUGCGCUGACCUGGGUGAACUGCGCAGCUAUCUUGGCCUGCAGAUCACUCGGGACAGACCACGGCGCACCAUCACACUGACUCAGUCACACAUGGUGCACCAGGUCCUUCAGCGCUUCGGCUUCCACUACUCCUCACCAGAGCUCACUCCUCUGUCUACCAGCCAUUCGCUCUCAGCUCCACCUUCGGACGAGUCCGUAGAGCCGAGUGGUCCGUACCCAGAGCUUGUGGGUUGCCUCAUGUACCUGAUGACUUGCACAGGACCUGACCUCGCGUACCCUCUCAGCCUUCUGGCUCUCUACGUGGCUCUCGGUAGGCACCGAAAGGUGCACUGGGAUGCUGCGAAGAGGGUAUUGCGUUACUUGUGCAGUACGUCGGGCAUGGGGCUUGUGCUUGGAGGACGGGGUCCACUUGUCCUCACUGGUCACGCAGACGCCUCCUGGGUUGACGACUCAGCUACGCAGCGGUCGUCGCAGGGCUACACCUUCAGCCUUGGGUCUGGCUCGGUUUCUUGGCGGUCUACCCGCUCGUCUUCAGUUCUCAGCUCCAGUUGUGAGGCUGAGAUCUACGCCGGAGCCAUGGCUGCUCAGGAGCUACGCUGGCUCACCUACUUGCUGACCGACUUGGGAGAGCAGCCUCGUUCGCCUCCAGUCCUGUACGUAGACAACAAGGCCAUGAUAGCCUUGUGUCAGGAGCACAGACUGGAGCACAGAACGAAGCACAUCGCUCUGCGCUACUUCCUUGCUCGAGAGUUGCAGCAGCAUGGUCAGCUUCGUCUUGCGUACGUGGCCACUCGGGCCAACACUGCUGAUGUCUUCACCAAGGCACUUCCGCCUGGCCUCAAUAUGACUGGUACGGACUCGAGAUGUGUUGAUGGAGAGAUGGGUAGAGGUAGAGAGGCUGGAGAGCAGGGGGGAGUUGCUGGUGGUGGAGUGAGAACUCAUCAACCAGCCAACCCUACGCUACCUAUGUCUACUACACCAUCUCCAACAACUGUGGAUCCCGUGAAGGCGUUCUCUAUUGAGAAAUUCAUGGGGGAGGACUACGAGCAUUGGAGCUUACGCAUGGGGCUGAUGUACACCCAAUACAAGCUGUUUGAUUUGGUGGAGGGGAAUGAGAAGAUCCCGCAGGCCAUGGAGUUGAAAGGAGCGUGGAUGAAGCGAUCUUUCGACGCGUACAUGCUCAUGUCGUGGUUUGCCCUUGUGAUUAACCUCAACUCUCAACAGCCCAAGUGGAGCGUGGAUUACAUCCGUGCGCGCAUCCUAAAGGAGGACUUGCGGCGGCGGAGUGUGGAGCACUUGGAGGAGGGGGUUGGCUAUGGAUUUGGAGGUGGAAAGAGUGGCUUCAAGAAGAAGUGGAAGGGCAAGAACAAGGACAACCCUAUGGAGGAUGGCGGCGGGGGUCAAGGGGAGGUGUGCUUCUACUGCAAGAAGCGCAUACAUCGUUGGCGAAAGUGCUACCAACGACCUAAGGAUUGGACCCCGUCUUCAUCAAGCAACCAGCAUGGUCGCAAGAGGAGUGGGGGAGUCAUGGGAGCUAGCGGAGAGGAGAAGGGCAGCAAAUCUGAGGAGCGGAAGGCCGGGUUCUUCUUCUUUGUGAACGAAGGCGCAACUGACCCCGCUAUGGCUGCUAAGUUUGUGGAGGACGUCAUGUACAAGGACCGGCAGCAGCAGCAGCAGGUGCAGAUUGGCGUGCGUCUGCAGGAGAUGGAGCAGUCUGCAGUGGAGGAGGUUCAGCUGCACCUUGAAGAUCUCCAUGGGUCAGAGCUGACUAGUGACCACAGUGGCGGUGGAGAGCAGCAAGUUUCUGGUCCUGCUGUGGAGGAGGGGUUGGAGGAUGAGUCGGCACGUGUGGACUCACCAUCUCAGCCCGAGCCUGCUGCAACUGCCAAGGUCACCAAGAGGAGUGUGCAGAGAGGAGCUUCACCACAUGGGCAGCAGACUGCAACCCGCGACAAGAGACUGACAGCACCACCUUCAAGGCUGAAUUAUAGCCGUUUGGGAGGACCCAAGCAAGGCCUCAAUAUGACUGGUACGGACUCCAGAGGUGUUAAUGGCGAGAUGGCUAUAGGUAGAGAGGCUGGAGAGAAGGGGGAAGUUGCUGGUGGUGGAGUGGGGACUCACCAACUAGCCAACCCUACGCUACCUACUUCUACUACACCAUUUCCAACAACCGUGGAUCCCGUGAAGACGUUCUCUAUUGAGAAAUUCAUGGGGGAGGACUACGAGCACUGGAGUUUCCGCAUGAGGCUGAUGGCGCGGGUAGCAGCAGGGCGCACGAGGGCGUGGGCAGCAGCAGAGCGCACGAGGGCGCAGGCAGACCAGAGCGCGGGCAGCAACGGGCGGCAACGGGCAGCACAGGCACGGGCAGCAACGGGCAGCAACAGGCAGCACAGGCUCGGGCGGCAACGGGCAGCACAGGCACGUGCAGCAACGGGCGGCAACGGGCAGCACAGGCACGUGCAGCAACAGGCAGCACAGGCUCGGGCAGCAACGAGCGGCAACAGGCAGCACAGGCAUGGGCAGCAACAGGCGGCAACGGGCAGCACAAGCAUGGGCAGCAACAGGCAGCAACGGGCAGCACAGGCACAGGCAGCAAUGGGCGGCAACAGGCAGCACAGGCACGGGCAGCAACAGGCAGCACAGGCACGGGCAGCAACGGGCGGCAACAGGCAGCACAGGCACGGGCAGCAACGGGCGGCAACGGGCAGCACAGGCACGGGCAGCAACGGGCGGCAACGGGCAGCACAGGCACGGGCAGCAACGGGCGGCAACGGGCAGCACAGGCACAUGUAG